GGUUUAGGACACGAUGGCCCUGAAAAGAAACACGUUUUGAAAGGGGGAGGAGCGACACCCUCUUUCAACAGUUUAAAUUACAACGCAUGCGCAUUCGUGUUCAUUCGGGACUUAACCUCUUGCACAACCUUGUCUUUUCUUCACUCUGCUUGCCUCUACUCUGAGUGUGGUCACAUUCGCGUUUUAACUUAAAACCAUUUUUCUUCAAAUAAGGCCUAGGUAAUGAGUGGGGACCAUUCUCACAACGAGGGUCAGGUUGACUGUGGCUCCCGGAUCAAUGAUUCUCACAAGCAUAAAGACAAAUACAAAGAACACAAACACAAGAAGGAUAAGGAACGGGAGAAAUCCAAGCAUGGCAACGGCGACUUCUCGGAUAAAAAACACAAGGACAAGAUGAAGCACAAAGAUGGCAGCACAGACAAGCACAAAGAAAAAAGAAAAGAAGAAAAGAUGAAGCCCCUGGAUGGAAAAGUCAAAAAAGAAAAUGGCUUUGCCAGCCUACCGCAUGUGAAGUCUGAGCCGGAGGAUGACGCGUACCACUCCCCUAAAAAUAACAAGCCUCUGAAAAGAGAGCGGGAUAAUGAUUUUGACUCUGAUUUUAAACCCAAGAAGAUUAAGACUGAAAAUGACAAAAAAGCCAAAAAAAGGAAACAGGAAGAGGAGGACAUUAAGCCCCAAAAAACAAAAAGUAAAAAAGGGGAAGUGGCUGAUGGGAAAAAGAAGCCUAAACAAGAACCAGAGGAGAAGUGGAAGUGGUGGGAGGAGGAGAGGUACACAGAUGGUGUCAAAUGGAAAUUUCUGGAACACAAAGGACCGGUGUUUGCUCCACCCUAUGAGCCCCUUCCUAGCAAAGUCAAGUUUUAUUAUGAUGGUAAACCCAUGAAGCUCAGCCCUGAAGCAGAAGAGGUGGCCACCUUCUUCGCCAAAAUGCUGGACCAUGAGUACACCACGAAGGACGUCUUCCGUAAAAAUUUCUUUAAAGACUGGAGGAAGGAAAUGACAUCAGAAGAAAAGUCAAAGAUCACAGACCUGAAGAAGUGUGACUUCACUGAGAUGAGCGAGUACUUCAAAGCACAGUCUGAGGCUAGAAAAGCCAUGACAAAAGAAGAGAAACUGAAAAUAAAGGAAGAAAAUGAGCGCAUUCUGCAACAGUACGGCUUUUGCAUCAUGGACAACCACAAAGAGCGUAUUGCUAACUUCCGUAUUGAGCCUCCUGGUCUGUUUCGUGGUCGAGGAGACCAUCCAAAAAUGGGAAUGCUCAAACGACGCAUCAGGCCUAAAGAUAUCAUCAUCAACUGCAGCAAGGACUCCAAGUACCCUGAGCCACCAUCAGGAACCAAAUGGAAAGAAAUUCGCCAUGACAACAAAGUGACGUGGCUGGUUUCAUGGACUGAGAACAUCCAAGGCUCCAUCAAGUACAUUAUGCUGAACCCCAGCUCCAGAAUCAAGGGGGAGAAGGAUUGGCAAAAGUAUGAAACGGCUCGUCAGCUGAAAAAGUGUGUGGAUCGCAUCAGAGCGCAGUAUCGCGAGGACUGGAAGUCCAAGGAGAUGAAGAUCAGACAGAGAGCUGUGGCGCUCUAUUUUAUUGACAAGCUGGCUCUGAGAGCAGGGAAUGAGAAGGAGGAAGGAGAGACUGCAGACACCGUUGGCUGCUGCUCGCUCAGAGUUGAACACAUCAAGCUCUACCCAGAAAGCGAAGGUCAGGAGUUUGUGGUUGAGUUCGACUUCCUGGGUAAAGACUCCAUCCGCUACUACAACAGAGUCCCUGUGGAGAAACGGGUGUUUAAGAAUCUUCAGUUGUUCAUGGAAAACAAAGAACCAGAAGAUGACCUGUUUGACCGUCUGAAUACUUCUAUUCUCAACAAGCAUCUUCAGGAGCUGAUGGAUGGUCUCACAGCCAAGGUUUUCCGUACAUACAAUGCUUCGAUCACCCUGCAGCAACAGCUGAAGGAGAUCACUAAUGGGGAGGACAACAUUCCUGCCAAAAUCUUGUCCUACAACCGAGCCAACAGGGCCGUGGCCAUCUUGUGUAACCAUCAGAGAGCUCCACCAAAGACCUUUGAGAAGUCCAUGCAGAACCUGCAGGCUAAGAUUGAUGCUAAGAAGGAGCAACUCUCUGAAACCAAGAGGGAACUGAAAAGUGCCAAGGCUGAUCUGAAAGUACGGAGAGAUGAAAAGUGCAAAAAACUGGUGGAAGGCAAGAAGAAGGCUGUCCAAAGGAUAGAGGAGCAGCUGAUGAAGCUGGAGGUGCAGGCGACCGAUCGUGAAGAGAACAAGCAGAUCGCUCUUGGGACUUCCAAACUGAAUUAUCUGGACCCACGCAUUUCUGUGGCCUGGUGUAAGAAGUGGGGCGUUUCCAUCGACAAGAUCUACAACAAAACCCAGCGUGACAAGUUUGCUUGGGCCAUCGACAUGGCAGACGAGGACUAUGAAUUUUAAAUUCCUGUUUAUCCGUGAGACUUUUUUAAUGAAUAUUUGUUUUUCUAAACUUUCAACAGUUUUGCUUGAUGUCCAGAAUCAGCAAGCUAUUUUAAGGUUCGUGCAGGAUAAAAGAAAUGGAAGUGGCUUUAGGAUGAGACGAGGCCUUUGCGUUGUGGACGGGACAAAAAUCUGAUCCGAGAUCGUGUAACAGGCUCAAAUUUAUAAGUUUGAGACUUUUCCGGUUAUCUUGUAAAGAUGACCAGAAAGUCCAGUUCUGAGUUAAAACUCUGAGGUGGCCCUGUUCUGGAUGACAGAACCAGCGGCUGAGCGAUGUGUCUACAACAGAUGAUUAUGGCUCGGUGCUCUUACCGACGUCCCUCCUCUGGAACAAGAGCCUGACACCUACCUGUAUGUCUGUGGACGGCACCCAGGCUGUGAACUCGGUGUGUGGUCACAAACACACGUCUUUUUCUUUAGUGGUUGUCAGUCAGACUGUAACAUGAGGUCUUUUCACUACGCAGUCUGACACACAAGCACAGGAAACUUGAAUCUGUGCUCAAGUCAUAGCUGUGUCACUCAAAAAUAAAACUGCUUUGUAUAUUUUAUUUUCUUUGUUCACUCACUAUGUAUUUUAACCUUCCCAUGUAUUGAUAAUGAAUUCUAUAUUUUGAUAGACAAAGUAAAAUCAGAAAACUCCUUAACGACACCCAUGCGCCUUUCAAUGAAGUGUGAGUGGAGUGGUGUGUGUGUGUGUGUGGUUUGGAUCAGGCUCGACCGUGAAAGCUGUCCUGGUGCGUAUUCUGAACUGGACUGUUUGUUAAGAGGAUGUCUGAGCAGACGAAGGGGAAAACGGAACGACCUUGUCCAUAUUUACCCAAGCAAACAGAUUGUGAAUAUUUUGUUUUGCAGCUUCUAUCAGGGAUUUCUUUUUUCUGGUGUAAAUGUGAUUUUGGCCUUUUUACCCCUUGUUUUGCAAGCGUCCUUUAAAUCUCCUCACAUAGCGCUCUCAGGCCGGGGACACACCAGCCGCCGAAGCGCCGCGAAACGGGGACCGCCUUCAUUCGGCACCCUUGUUAUCCUAUUCUAUAGACCACAUGGGCCGCCGAAGCGCCGGCGCUCCAGCCCGCGCCGUGCAGCGAUCGUUUCGGCGUCUGCUCUACUUUAAGCGUGAACCGCGUCAAUUCUGGCAGGAAGUCAAACCUAGACAUAAGAGGCAGGCCGGUAAAUUUAACAAAAUAAAGCAUUUCAAAAUACAAUUCCGCAAAUAGUCAAAUGUGUUCGUAAACAGACACUGCAUAAAAACCACACAAGUUCGCUGUGUGUGUGUGUGUGUGUCUGUGUGUGUGUGUGUGUGUGUGUGAGAGAGAGAGAGAGAGAGAGAGACCACAUGAAGGGGGUGUGGUUUUGGGUGUUUUUCAACCGGAGCAAACAGGACAUAAAGGCAGAAAGUCGUAGGCCAACUAUUAACAUGGUUCACACACACACACACACACGUACAAACACACACACACAGCAAGGGGGAGGGGGGUGUAGAGGAAAAGGCAGAGAGGAAAUGGAGGACACCAAGUGGUUAAAAGAAAAACUACAAGGCGUGCCUCGAGCGGAGAAACAAGCGUCUGGUCUGAACUGAGGAGCAGCGGCCGAAUUUCGUGAGCGCUUCGCCUCCCAGCGCUUCGGCGGCCGGUGUGUCCCCGGCAUCAAUCUGAUUUUAAGGUAUUUAGCAGAUGUUUAUAAGAUAUAAAACCCAUCUUUUACUUGAACACAAUGUUUAAUGUAUUUAGGCAGUCGUGCCUCCUCCUGCGGGGGUGUGAUGAAUAUCAACUUUGCCAAAAAAAGGACAAAAGAAAUCGCUCAGCUGUAACGGUGUAGGCAGGAUUUAAUUGUGUAAUGAUUAAGGAAAAAGUCAUGUAACAUUUAAUGUGAAUUAUUUCGUGUUAUUCCACUCAUUCACUUGCAAUAGGAAAGUUGAUGUUAACAGCUGUAAAGUCAACAACCUAUUCCUGUUUUUACCCUUUCUGUCAUAGCCUUUUAAUGUCUUUGAGUUUUAAGCUAAUUGUAGAUUGAAAACAAGAAUAAAUCUCUCCAGGUAAAAGAA